AUGCGGCAUUCAGUUCUCGAGAAGAGACAAACCAGGAAGUUCGGAGGUGAUAAUGCCUCCAAGAUCAUUAAGGCCAUGUUUGUGGCGAACGCAAGAGUUUUGGAAGCGUUGUAA